UUUCCAAUCUAGAAGUCACUUCAAAAACAUUCUUCUUCAAUAUUUCCAUCAGACACUCCCUCUACUCCUCCAAAAAUGGGAGAUCUUCUCAACAACCCUCAUCUUCAAAACCCAGAAGAAGGAGAUCAAGAAGAAGAAGAAGAAACAGAAGAGUCACUCUCUCUCUGCGACCUUCCGCUCAACCCCAAAAAUAAAUCCAAAGACUUGUCGAACCACACUCCACGUUCACGCGCUGAGGCCCCCGAGUUCUUCGAGUUCUUCAGCGACCUUAGCUCCGAGAUGUGUCCGGCCGACGACAUCAUCUUCUGCGGAAAGCUCAUACCCUUCAAAGACUUACAAUCUCCUCCCACUCAUCAAACCCCAAAAACAUCAAACACCGGAGAAAAGCCAACAAAACAGACCCCUUUUCGCCGGCGAUCCGAGUCGUUAUCCAAGCUACAGAGCCCCGUAACUCGGUCAGACAGCGGCACUAGCACUAGGCUCAUGAGGAACAGCCGGUCUCUGGAUUAUACAAAACUACACAGAAGUUCAAACUCCAUGGUCUCACCGGCUCAGGAAAUAGAGCGGAAUUCAUCGGUGAAGAGCUUGGGAAAGUCCGAUAUGGCGCUUAGAAGGGCGGCGAAGCCUCGAUGGUACUUGUUGAUGUUUGGACUGGUGAAGUUUCCGCCUGAGAUGGAGCUUAGUGAUAUCAAAAACCGGCAGGUUCGCCGGAACCAUCCUUCGACGCUGUUUCCGCCGCCGCUCUCCGCUGACGGGAAGUUUCCCGUGAACCGCAGCUCCAGUAAGGGGUCUUGGAGGCUGCUCAGAGCAUUGAGCUGCAAGGACCACGCCAGUGUGGCCGUGACGGCGUCGUUUUGCUUACCCCACGUGUGAGGAGGAGCGUGGCAAUCACUUUUUGGACAUGUUUGUCCUUCUUCGCUCUAGCUUAUCGGUUUGAGAGGCAUCUGCAUGAGAUGGGCGUUUUCGUAAAUAUGGAAGUUGGAUACUAUUUAAGACUUUACGUAGAAGGAAAGAUAGUGUACAGUGGUGGACAUUGGGCGAUGAUAGUGGCCUCUCAGUAAUCGAGAAUAACGUUAGGUGGUGGGCACAGGAAAGAAUGAAAGAAAAUCACGAGAAUCCCGACAGAGACAACAAAAAAAGCAUAUUAUUUAUUUAUUUUGUGAUUUUUUUUUUUUUUAAUCUUUUUGUUAAUUUAUUUCUACCUUAUCAAGUAGUUGGAAGAUCAAAAUAUUUAAUAUCUACUCUACCAUUAAAAAACAAAAAUCAUACGUUGUUAUCUCCA